AUGGUUUUGGCAACAUUAAUCUCAAUCCUACUCUUUGCUGCACUAACCUCUAAAAUCAUUCAACACUGGCUUAUGAGAAAGUCUCUUUCUUCACACAAGAACAACGGGCUUCCUCCAGGCCCACCAAGGUGGCCCAUUGUUGGUAACCUCCUCCAAUUAGGUCAUCUUCCACAUAGAGACUUAGCAUCUUUGUGUGAUAAAUAUGGACCCUUAGUGUAUCUAAAAUUGGGCAACAUUGAUGCCAUCACCACCAAUGAUCCUAAUAUUAUACACGAAAUUCUUCUUUCACAAGAUGAUGUUUUUGCCUCUCGGCCACAAACUCUUGCAGCAGUUCAUUUAGCAUAUGGAUGUGGUGAUGUUGCAUUGGCCCCUUUGGGGCCUCAUUGGAAGCGCAUGAGAAGAAUUUGCAUGGAACAUUUGCUGACAACAAAGAGGCUUGAGUCCUUCUCCAAACACCGUUUAGAGGAAGCCCAACAUCUUGUGAAGGAUGUGUUGGGCCGAGCCCAAGAUGAGAGGCCCAUUAACUUGAGGGAGGUUUUGGGUGCUUUCUCAAUGAACAAUGUGACUAGAAUGUUGUUGGGAAAACAAUAUUUCGGGUCUGAAUCUUCAGGCCCAGAAGAGGCUAUGGAGUUCAUGCACAUAACCCAUGAGUUGUUUUGGUUGUUGGGUGUGAUAUAUUUGGGUGACUAUUUGCCAUUGUGGAGGUGGGUGGAUCCUUAUGGGUGUGAAAAGAAAAUGAGGGAGGUGGAAAAAAGAGUGGAUGAUUUCCAUUCCAAGAUUCUUGAAGAGCAUAGAAAGGCAAUGGAAGAUAAGAAGGGGAGAAGAGAAGAGGGUGAUGGAGAUAUGGAUUUUGUGGAUGUUUUACUAUCUUUACCAGGUGAAGAUGGAAAAGAGCACAUGGAUGAUGUAGAAAUCAAAGCCUUGAUCCAGGACAUGAUAGCAGCAGCAACAGACACUUCAGCAGUAACCAAUGAAUGGGCUAUGGCAGAAGUAAUCAAACAACCACACGUUCUUCGAAAAGUCCAACAAGAAUUGGACACUGUAGUUGGCCCAGAUAGAAUGGUGUUAGAAUCUGACUUGCCCCACCUUAAUUACCUGCGCUGUGUCGUACGUGAAACCUUCCGCAUGCACCCCGCGGGGCCGUUCCUUAUCCCACACGAAUCAAUCCGAGAGACCACCAUAAACGGCUACCGCAUCCCGGCGAAGACACGUGUCUUCAUCAACACGCACGGGUUGGGCCGCAACACCAAGAUCUGGGACAACGUGGAUGAGUUUAGGCCCGAGAGGCACUGGCCCAGUAAUGGGGAUAGGGUUGAGAUUAGUCAUGGGGUUGAUUUCAAGAUUUUGCCUUUCAGUGCUGGAAAACGCAAGUGUCCUGGUGCACCACUUGGGGUGAGUUUGGUUUUGAUGGCUUUGGCUAGACUCUUUCAUUGCUUUGAGUGGACACCACCGAAGGGUUUUGAACCCAAAGAUAUCGAUACUAGAGAAGUUUAUGGGAUGACUAUGCCCAAGGCUGAGCCCUUGCUUGCUGUUGCUAUGCCAAGAUUGCCCAAGCAUUUGUAUGGCUCAUUUUAA